AUGAAUAUCUUAUCGUUAUUCACAAGAAGAAGCAUUACGAAAAAUUUCAAAAGUUUCUUUUAUAAAUCUUCAUUUUUCUACCAGCAGGAAGAUCAAGUUGAUGUUGGAAAUCCAUUUUGCUUAGAACCACUUGAAUAUAAGAAUCAUACGCUUAGAAGUCAUGACAAUUGUCAACGGCAAAGGCUCUAUGAAUUCGGUAUGUACGUUGCUGCGUGUAUGCCUAAGUAUGUUCAAAAAGUUCAAAUGCAACACACUGAUCAACUAGAAAUAUUGGUUGCUCCUGAAGGUAUAUUUCAAGUGUUGAGUUUUUUGUGCCAUCAUCAACAUGCGUGUUUCAAUGCUUGCUCUGCUGUAACUGCAAUAGAUGUGCCUAGCAGGGAAUACAGGUUCGAAUUGAUAUAUUUUCUUCUCAGCAUGAGAUUUGGACAGCGUGCACGUGUGAAAACUUACACUGAUGAAUUAACUCCUAUACAUUCAGCAUAUGCUUUGUGGAAUGGAUGUCAAUAUUUUGAAAGAGAAAUAUACGACAUGUUUGGCGUUGUAUUUAGUCAUCAUCCUGAUCUAAGGAGAAUUCUUACAGAUUAUGGCUUCAAUGGUCACCCUCUUAGAAAAGAUUUCCCUCUAAUUGGCUACACAGAGGUCAGAUAUGAUGACGAUCUGAAAAAAAUUGUUUAUGAACCAGUAGAAUUUGCACAAGAGUUCCGUAGUUAUAAACUGGAAUCACCAUGGAAUUACACAAGCAAUUUUCAUGAAGGCUACAAUAAUCCACCAUUGCCCGAAAAAGAUAAAUGAUUUAAUUUUCAUAUUUGUUCGUACUAUUUAUAUUUCUAAUGUUAUUUAAAAACAUUGAACUCACUAUAUUUAUCUGUUAA